AUGGUAGCUCAUAUUUGGAGCCUUUUGACUCAUAGGGAAUCCUUAUGGGUUAAAUGGGUUCACUCGUAUCGUAUCAGGGAGAGAAGUUUUUGGGAUGUGCCUCUUCGGAAUAACAUUAUGUGGGGUUGGCGUAAGAUACUUCAAUUAAGGUCGAUAAUACGCCAACACAUUUGGAUUAAAUUGGGUAAUGGUGCCAAUACGCAAGUCUGGUUUGAUACAUGGGAUAACGUGUGUCCCUUGAGCCGCUUCAUUACUCCGAGAAUGAUAACAAAUGCGGGAUUUGAGAUGGGGGCUACGGUCGCAGAUGUGGUCCAAAACGAUGGGUGGGCUUGGCCGAAUUCAUGGGUGUCUAGAUUUCCGAUUUUGCAACAACUCGCUAAUGUGAUGUUACACUCACAAGUCCAAGAUAGGACUAUUUGGCGUUCUAGAAGUGGUGAAGAUAUGGAGUAUAGCACAUUUGGGGUGUGGAAUGAUAUUCGUGAAGUUCAAGAUCAGGUUGAUUGGGAUCGUAUAGUGUGGUUUCCUCAGGCUAUCCCUUGGCAUUCGUUUCUUAUGUGGCUCAUAGUUUGCAAGAAACUCAAAACCCAGGAUAUCAUGUGCAAAUGGCGUGCGUCGGGUAAUGCAAACUAUAACUUAUUGUGCUGCUCCUUAUGUACAUUGGGGCCGGACUCUCACGACCACCUCUUUUUUGAGUGUGAUUUUGCAUCUCAAGUCUGGUAUGGGGUUCGUGAGAAGGCGGGUAUGCAAAUAAUAGGGAAGAGAUGGGACGACAUUAUGGAUUAUCUAAAGCAUCAUGCGGGUUCAAAACGUGCUUCUCACAUAAUUGGUAAAUUAGUGGUGGCGGCGUCGGCUUACUUUAUUUGGCAAGAACGUAACAACAGACUGUUCUCGUCUAACAAAAGGAACGUGGCUCAAGUUAUCGAGGUGGUUCUUAUGACUGUUAGAAUGAAAUUACAUACAAUGAAGUUUCGAAGAACAAAUAGCGUGAAUCAGUGUUAA